AAGCUGGCAGGCUCACCCGGUACGGAGCCCCGCCUCCUGUACUUACUUCCCUUUAUACAUCCAUGACGGGUGGUAGCUGCAUCUAAGCUAGCAGAUUGGUCAAGGGAACAUUGGGAGUUGGUUGCAUUUCACUGACAAGUAGCUGGUCAUACAAUCAAGGUGCGAUCAUGACGACUAUGGACGACAGGAUUCUGGGGGAGAAGCUGCAAUACUAUUGCAGCAGCAGCGAGGAUGAAGGCAGCGAAAACGAGGAGGAGGAGGGACAGAAAAAAACCAUCCGGGACGCUAAUGUUGAGGAGCCGGAGAUAGAAUACAGCGCUGACGGCAGUGCUGUCAACACAGGACCAAAGGGAGUCAUCAAUGACUGGAGGAAGUACAAGCAGCUGGAGGUGGAGCAGAAACAGGAGCAGAAGAAAGAGAUGGAGAGGCUGAUCAAGAAACUGUCGAUGACCUGCCGCUCAGACCUCGACCAGGAUAAAGACAAAGAGAAAGACAAGGAGCUGCAGGACAAAAUCAAAGGCAAAAUGACCAUGCAGGAGUACAACAUGCUGCAGCAAGGAGAGGAUGACGAAGACUUCCUCCAGCAUUACCGCAUGCAGCGUAUUGAAGAGAUGCGGCGCCAGCUUUGCCGCGGCAAGCGCUUCGCUCAGGUCUACGAGCUGAACUGUGGAGAGGACUUCCUGGAGGCUCUGGACAAGGAGGACAAGAGCAUCCUGGUAGUGAUCCACAUCUAUGAGCCCGAAGUGCCGGGCUGCGAGUCCAUGAGCGGCAGCCUCAUGUGCCUGGCUCAGGAAUACCCGCUGGUGAAGUUCUGCAGCGUGCGCAGCUCGGCCAUCAGCACCAGCGCUCUGUUCAGAGACAGUGCUCUGCCCGCCCUGCUCGUCUACAAAGCAGGGGAGCUGAUCGGGAACUUCGUGCGGGUCACGGAUCAGUUGGGGGAAGACUUCUUUGCCGUGGAUCUGGAGUCCCUGCUGCAGGAGUACGGUCUGCUGCCCGACAAGCUGCCCAACAUCCAGAAAACCAUCCGCAAUGGAGCGAUCGUACAGACCAUCGUGAGCGACGAGGAUUCUGACCUGGAUAUAGACUAGAGCCAUAGUGGCUACGAUGCACUACUAGAGGAACAUGCGCACAGUCUGCAUGGACUAUAGAUAAUAUAAUGUAUGUGGACCCUGUAGUGAUGACGGGCCGAGCCAGGAUUGCCACGUUUCAACUCGCACAGCUACACAAAAGAAGCAUUGAAAAGUAAACGCACAGAAAACUAUAUCUGUUACCAACGAUUAGUCAAAUUUCUGAUUAGUCUGCUGUUAAUUAUCUCAAUUAAUCGGCUGGUUGAUAAAACCCAACCUAGAACAUGUCUUUAAAUGUCUUUCUUUGUCAGGUAAACCCACAUAUAUUCACUUCAGCGGCGUUUUCUACAAUUUUUGGCAUGAAUUAAACAAAAAAGUUGGAGGUAUCUAUUCUGGUGACCAAUUACUGCAUCUUUACACAGAAAACCACUGACCAAUCCAUGGUAACCAUAGGUUAUAAUUAAUCCUAGCAAUUGUUCGUAUCUAGGACUUAUUAUUCAUGCUGUGAAUGAUAUGGAUGUAAAUGUUUUGUUGCUGUGAAUGUCAACUAUUUAUUCAUUGUGGUAAAACACAUUCCCUGUUUUCCUUCAUGUGCAUCUUCAGCAUAUUAACUGUGUAGACUCACUCUGUAGAGCACCAACUGACUUUCGUUAAUUUUAUAACUUUUAUAUGUGCUAAUCAUUUCAAAUAGUGGGAAGAAUAAACAUGUUUGGACUCAC